AUGUCCACGGAAACAGUCACGCACACCCUGCCAACGACACCCGCCUCAGACCCAAAGGCAGAACCCCGCCUCGACCAAGCCGCCGUACCCUACCGCGGCCCCCGCCUCCCCGCGGUCCCAGACGACCUCGUCAUCCCGGGCAUAUUCGACAUCGAAUGCGACGAACGCCUCUGGGUCCCGCAGGCGCCCGGGGUCUGGUUCCGACCGCUCCUGUUCUCGGUCUCGGGGGGCUACUUCGUCAACAUCCUCCGCGUGCGCCGCUCCGGCAUCCUCUCGCGCCACCGCCACGCCGGCGCCGUGCACGCGACGGUCCUAAAGGGCCGGUGGCACUACCUCGAGCACCUGUGGUGGGCCACCGAGGGGGGCUACGCGUACGAGCCGCCCGGCGAUAUCCACACGCUCGAGGUGCCGGAGGACGUCGGGGAGAUGGUCACCAUGUUCCAUGUGACGGGGGCGUAUAUCUAUGUUGAUCCGGACGGGGUGCCUGUCGGUGUGGAGGAUGUGUUCAGUAAGCUCGACAAGGCCAGGAAGCAUUACGAGGAGGUCGGGCUGGGGGCGGCGUUUGCUGACCAGUUUGUGCGCUGA